AUCAUGUGACCGCGCCUAUUGGCGUCUGUUCUAGUCUCCACUCCCGUGUCGCGUCGCAGGAGCUGUUCUUCGCUUCGUCCUCGGCCGUCUUUCUUCGCUCGGCUCGGUCCUGUCAUGGCGGCGCGGUGUGUGUGGGGGCUGCUCCUGGCGGCGGUUAUGCUGGGGGUUUCACAAGCAUCUUCAACAUUUCAAGUAAAAGAUAAAAGUGGAAAAAUAUGCAUAUUAGCCCAUUUCUCUGUGGAAUUCACAGUGGAAUAUGUCAAGAAGGAUAAAAAACAGGAGAACAGUACCUUUGAACUUCCACCUAAUGCUCACGUAUUGGAAGAUGUAAGCACCUGUGGCAGUAAGAAUCCAACUUUACAAGUUCUUGUAGUUGGAUUUGGCAACGGGCAUUCAUUAAGAAUGGCAUUUGAAGAGAAGGAGUCUUCCUAUAUGGUCAAUAACCUGACGUUUAAAUACAACUUGUCAGAUACCAACUUUUUCCCCAAUGCAACUGGAGGAGUAAAGGAAACAACCAAGGAAACUGAUAUUAAAGCACCAGAAGAUACAAUAUACACGUGUCUCAACAAGAACAAGAUAAGCAUGGAAAAUGUGGUCAUUCUUCUCAGUAACGUUACACUCGAAGCAUACCUUAAAAAUAGCACCUUCAGUAAAAAUGAAACUGUCUGUGCUGAAGAUAAAGUCUCCACUACCCACGUCGUCCCUGUAACUACCCAUGUUGCCCCUACAACUACCAGUGUGGCACCACCCACACCCACACAAACUCCAUAUGUUGGGCAUUAUAAUGUGACUGGCGUGAAUGGGACCUGCUUGCUUGCUUUUAUGGGUCUGCAAGUCAAUGUCACCUACAAUGUAAACGAUAAGGCUAAAUCAGAGGUGUUUAAUCUUCCCUCGACUACAUCUUCCGUUGGGAGCUGUGAGAAUUCGAAAAUUACUCUAAAUUUGACUACUAGUAACAUCAGCCUUUCUUUCAGUUUUGUUCAGAAUGCAACUACUGAGAAAUAUUUUCUUCAAGGCAUUAUUGUGAACGCAAGUUUGCCUUCUGAAGCGACAAAAAAAGAUAUUUAUGCUGCCAACAAUACCCUGAAUUCCCUAAAAGCUACAGUUGGGAAAUCUUACAAAUGUACUACAGAAGAGAGUGUCUGGCUCUCAAACGAAGCUUCUGUCAACAUAUUCAAUGUUCAAAUCCAGGCUUUCAAUAUUUCAGGAGACAAGUUUGGAGCAGUGGAAGAAUGUCCGCAGGAUGAAAAUAACAUGUUGAUUCCUAUCAUAGUUGGUGCAGCCCUUGCUGGACUUGUCCUUAUAGUGUUGAUUGCAUAUUUAAUUGGCAGAAAACGUAGCCAUGCUGGCUAUCAAACUAUUUAAUGAUUUGCACUUAAUUAAACCAGUGUGGAAGAGCAGCAGUUGCAAGAAGCAGAUAAAUUGAUUCUCCUCCCCUUAUUCCCCCAUCUUCCCCUCAAAUAGAUUGAUAUGAGGGAGCACAAUCUUUUCCUUAUCAACUGUUUCUUGCAGUAUCUGCUUUACUAAAUGUGAAAUCCAUCUCGUGGCAUUUAACUAUGCACAAAAGAUAACUUCUAUAAUUCUGUUUAAUUUGCUAAUGGGUUAAGUAUUUGCCCACCUAGAAACAGGCUGAAGUUUUAAGAAUGCUUUUCUGAAUUGGCAUGGUUUUUAAUGUCAACUACUUAAAAUGAGUGUGAUAUAGUUAAGUCACAUUCAUUCACUUAAAAUUCAGAUUAAUUGUAUCUAACAAAGGGAAACUUCCACUUUCUGGUACUACCAACCUGUGCUGAACUUAGUUACUGAACAUAUGCAGUUAAAGUAAUGACUGACCAAUCAAGCUCAGUUAUUCUCACUUUGUCUCUACCUAGGUGUGUAUCAUUAAGCUUUAAAUACUAAGCCCGGUAUAUGAAAGGUGUGAAGAUACAAUUUGGCCGACUCUUAAAGAUAUUUUUGGUCUGUCAACUUGGUAGGAGCUGGCCAUUUUUUACAAACAAACAAAAAUGGGUGUUACUUUAUUUUUUGUAAAGUGAAUUUCAGUCUCUUCUGUUGGAAGUUUAAAGGAGAUCCUAUUUCUGCACAUGUGUACAAUAGACUUCAAUCUGCUAAUUCUUGCUUUGACUUUGGCUGGGACUGUACACGGCAAGGAUCAGUUAUGGAUGCAUUGCCUGUAACAAUGCUAAUAAAGACUUUUCUGUA